AGUAUCAUUCUAUUUUGGGUGGAGAAUAUAUUGUUGAUUCAAAAUAUUAAUUGUUUAUAGGAUUAAUAAUCAAUAAUGGCUCGUGAAUAUGGUGUAUUUAAAUAUAAUUGUUACGUGAAAUUAAAUUCCUCGAAUAGGUCAUUCAAAAAUCUAUUAUUCUUCCAUGACAUUGUUGGAUAACGAAAGAAGAUAGCAUAGAAGAAUCAUUGGUGUCAAUCUCAGAAACGAGUGAACCGUACCAGCGAAUGUAAAAUGCUAACAAAGAAAGAAAAGGAAAGAUCUCACAUAAAAGUAAAAUUCAAUGACAAGGAAAAAUAAAAUAUAAGGUGGAAAGUGUUAUUGACGGAAGUUGUUAAAAUGCAGAUGUUCAGAGUUAUAGGAAGAAGGGAAAGAAUUUCUAAUUAUCGAUUCAAAUUCUUGAGUAAUUAGGAGUUCGGGUUGAUGGGAUCGGCUGAACUCGGGAUCAGAUCGUUCGCGCGGGCUGCCGACGGCUCGUGGUCAACGUUCGAGACUUAGUUUGUGUCCGACAGUGCGCUCGGAUGGUUUCAUUGUAAGAGGCUUGCAAAAUUGCAAAUUUUUGUUAAUAUCAUCAAAAAUGACAGUUACCGAUAAUGUUCAAGAUAAACGUAACGCUAAUCUUUACGUUUUAAGUAAUAACUCUCUUGAACAAGAAUAUGGUCGAACUAAACAAAAACUAACAAACACGAAUGAAUCAUUGGAGGCUGCAAAUGUUCAGGGAAAUUCGGAUGAAUUCGUUGAGCCUUGUCCUGAGACGAAACUCAUAUCAUCGGAAGAGGAACCAGAAUUAAUUAUAUCUAACGAUUCUAAAUCAAAUAGAUUAAAGAAGAUCGAAAGCGAGGAAUCACUUGCAAAAACAAAUUGGCAAGAAGAUGUGGAAGCUAAUAAUACUGAUAUUAAUAUUCCACCUGAUGGUGGUUUAAGAGCUUGGAUGAUCAUGUUGGCUAGUUUCUUUAUCAAUGGUAUUUUAUUUAGCGUUAUCAACACCUACUCUUUAAUUUACCUCGAACUACAAAGGAAAUUGAUGGAAGCUGGAGAAACGGAAGUAUCUUCUAAAGCAUCUUUGGUUGGAUCAUUGACCAUCGGUACGACAUUUUUCCUAUCGCCGGUCGCUGGUAUCCUCACCGAUAAAAUUGGUAUUCAGAUGACUACCUUUUUAGGAGGUGCAAUUGCAUCAAGUGGUAUGCUUCUUUCUUCGAUGCUCUCUGAUAAGGUAGAAUUAUUGUAUCUGACUUAUGGUGUUAUGUAUGGGCUCGGUGCAAGUCUUGCUUACACACCGAGCUUAGUUAUUUUAGGACAUUAUUUUAAAAAAUAUCUGGGAUUAGUAAAUGGCAUAGUUACGGCUGGUAGUUCUUUAUUUACAACACUUGUACCAUAUCUGAUGGAAACCCUUUUACGACAUUUCGGAUUAGAAGGAACGUUUCGAAGUUUAGCAGCGUUAACUUCAAUUGUCAUGGUUUGCGCGCUACUUUUCAAACCGAUACCACUUAAGAAAUCUCCGCAAUAUCGAACAACGCAAACUACGAAGUUUCAAGACCGUUUGAAGGAAGUUAUUAAUUUAUCUAUAUGGAAAAGAAAACGAUACGUUGUCUGGGCCAUUUCUAUUCCGCUUGCUUUAUUUGGAUAUUUUGUACCAUACGUACAUAUCGGAAAAUUUGUAGCUACCACAUUUAAAGGCUCUGAUGGAAAAUUGCCAGUUAUGUGUAUUGGUAUUACUUCUGGAAUAGGUCGAUUAAUAUUCGGAUAUAUUGCCGAUUUGCCUAAAGUAAAUAGAAUAUUAUUACAACAGGUAUCAUUUCUAAGCAUCGGUAUGCUCACGAUGUUACUUACCGUAACACCAUCUUUUAAAAUUUUACUAAUCAUUUCUUUGAGUAUGGGAUUAUUUGAUGGAUGUUUCAUAUCAUUAUUAGGUCCAAUUGCUUUCGACAUUUGUGGUCGUGAGGGUGCAACUCAAGCAAUUGGAUUUUUAUUAGGAAUGUGUUCUAUACCUUUGACGGUAGGACCACCAAUCGCUGGUCUUUUAUACGAUCAUACCGGUUCCUAUGAUUUGCCUUUCUUAUUGGCUGGAGUACCGCCAAUAAUUGGGGCAUUAUCUAUGUUUUUAAUAAAAUGUGUUAAGGAAACAGAUAGUGAAAAUGAUGCUGAUUCAAUUACCGAAGAUCCAACGGCAAAAUCAACAUGCCAAAAUGGAAUGGCAAAGGCUAACCUACUAUCAUCGUCUUUUGUAACAACUACUCGACGUGAUUAUGGACUACAUAAAGAUAAAACAAGAAUAAAGAAGUAUCUAUACAUACAGACUGAAUAUGGAUCUAAAGGAAUGUUGACUAUUAAAUCUAAUAAAAAUGGCAGCAGUGGUGAUUAUUGGCAAAACUCAAGAUGUUCAGAAAAAACACCUUUAUUAUUCGACAAAAAUCAAAUUCUAUUGUCAAGAACAUCAUUUUUACAACGUAAAGAACAAUCAUCGAUGCUUCUUACAUUGUAAUAGCAAAGUAAUAAUGAAUUAUUAUAUCAAUUACAUAAAAAAUGUCACAUAGAUAUUUUACUUUUAUUUUUAUACUGUUGUUUGAUACAUUUUUUAUAUAUUGAUCACAAAUAUAACUGAUAAUUGAUUUUAUGUAUUAAUUAUAGACGUCAUACUGAGAAAAACAACAAAAUCCAUUGUAUGUAAGAAUAAUAAUCUACUUCAAUAUUUAACUUAAAUUGACACUAAUUAGUAAACAAAAUGUUACUAUUAAUCUUUAACUUAAAUUAUUUUAUGCUAUUUCAGUUAUAAUUUUGAUGAUGUAAAACAAUGAUGGCAAUAAGCUUUAACUUUCUAAUUGAAAUACAGUUAUAUUUUUAUAGAAAUAUUUUAUAUAAUGUUAUACGAUGUUUAAUAUGAUGAUGAUGAUGAUGAUGAUAAUAGAAUGUACGUACAACAGUGUAUGUACUACACAUUAUUUUUGUUAUCAUUUAAAUGAUUGUUUACUUAAUGUUGCAUUUCUGGAUAUAAUAAUAUAUUGUACAAUAAAAAUAUGUUAUAAUGUCAUAGUUAAUUUUUUACAAAUAAAAAAUGUAUUCGAAGUAGCAACAUUGAGUAAGCAACUUUAAUGUAUUAUUCUCGUAAUGAUUCAUGUCAAAUAUAAAAAAAAAAUAUUCGUUAAUUUAUGUAUGAUGCAGUUCAAUUGAAUUUACGAAUAAAAAAUUCGCUGCUUAA